GGGACUUAGCUUAAGUUUCCAGUGACAGGUUUGGCUUCUGCAAGACUAGGAGGUCCACAGGAUGGCAGGCUCUGUAAGUGGUGAGUCUGCAUCCAGCUCAUCAGCAAUAUUUCAAAGGGGAAGAAAAGUUCUCAUGCAGAAAGUGGAGAGCUGGGUUCUGAGCCUUACACACCUGGCUUAGAAAGUAAGGGUAAACAUCCACUGUGUUUGACCUUAUAAAGGAGCCAGGCUCUGAAAACAGCAUCACUGUCUCAAGCAACAGGGCUGCAAAGUUGUUGACAUCUACAAUCACAUAUCAAAAAAGCAAUGGUAAUUAUGGCGACCACCCUGGACAUCCAGGGUCCAGGAUUCCUGUGUCAUCCAAUGAAGAGAAGAAUGGAGCCAGUCCUUCCCGGGAGUGGGCAGGAUGUCAAGUGCUCCCUUGGCUAUUUCCCCUGUGGGAAUAUCACCAAGUGCUUGCCUCAGCUUCUUCAUUGCAAUGGCGUGGACGACUGUGGCAACCAAGCGGAUGAGGACAACUGCGGAGACAACAAUGGAUGGCCUAUACAAUUUGACAAAUACUUUGCCAGUUACUACAAAAUGACUUCCUUGUAUCACUUUGAGACACGAACAUCUGAAUGCCUGGUCGGUUCUGUGCCUGUGCCAUGUCUUUGCCGAGGUUUAGAGGUUGACUGUGAUGAGACCAAUUUACGAGCUGUUCCAUCAGUUUCUUCAAAUGUGACUAAAAUGUCACUUCAGUGGAACUUAAUAAGAAAGCUUCCUCCUGAUGGCUUCAAGAAGUACCAUCACCUUCAGAAGCUGUGCCUGCAAAACAAUAAUAUUAGAUCCAUAUCCAUCUAUGCUUUCAGAGGACUGUACAGUCUUACUAAACUGUAUCUCAGUCAUAACAGAAUAACUUUCUUGAAGCCGGGUGUUUUUGAAGAUCUCCACAGACUAGAAUGGCUGAUAAUUGAAGAUAAUCACCUCAGUCGAAUUUCCCCACUAACAUUUUAUGGACUAAAUUCUCUUAUUCUCUUAGCACUGAUGAAUAAUGUCCUCACCCAUUUGCCAGAUAAACCUCUUUGCCAGCACAUGCCAAGACUGCACUGGCUGGACUUUGAAGGCAACCAUAUCCAUAAUUUAAGAAAUUUGACUUUUAUUUCCUGCAGUAAUUUAACUGUUUUGGUAAUGAGGAAAAACAAAAUUAAUCAUCUAAGUGAAAAUACUUUUGCACCUCUACAAAAGCUAGAUGAAUUGGAUUUAGGAAGUAAUAAGAUUGAGAAUCUUCCACCGCAAGUAUUUAAGGAUCUGAAGGAGCUCUCACAAUUGAAUCUUUCCUAUAACCCAAUCCAGAAAAUUCAAGCAAAUCAAUUUGAUUAUCUUGUCAAACUCAAGUCUCUCAGCCUAGAAGGAAUUGAAAUUUCAAAUAUCCAACAAAGGAUGUUUAGACCUCUAAUGAAUCUCUCUCACAUAUAUUUUAAGAAAUUCCAGUACUGUGGGUAUGCACCACAUGUUCGCAGCUGUAAACCAAACACUGAUGGGAUCUCAUCUCUCGAGAACCUCUUGGCAAGCAUUAUUCAGAGAGUAUUUGUCUGGGUUGUAUCUGCAGUCACAUGCUUUGGAAACGUCUUUGUCAUUUGUAUGAGACCUUAUAUCAGGUCUGAGAACAGACUGCAUGCCAUGUCAAUCAUUUCUCUCUGCUGUGCUGACUGCCUAAUGGGAAUAUAUUUGUUUGUCAUUGGAGCCUUCGAUCUCAAGUUUCGUGGAGAAUACAACAAGCACGCGCAGCUGUGGAUGGAGAGCAUUCACUGCCAGAUUGUAGGGUCUUUGGCCAUUCUAUCCACAGAAGUAUCAGUGUUACUUCUAACAUUUCUGACACUGGAAAAAUAUAUCUGCAUUGUCUAUCCUUUUAGAUGUUUAAGACCUAAAAAAUGCAGAACAAUUACAGUUCUGAUUCUCAUUUGGAUGACUGGGUUUAUCGUGGCUUUCAUUCCACUGACCAAUAAGGAAUUUUUCAAAAACUACUAUGGCACCAAUGGCGUGUGCUUCCCUCUUCAUUCAGAAGACACAGAAAGUACUGGAGCUCAGAUUUACUCCGUGGCAAUUUUUCUCGGUAUUAACUUGGCAGCAUUUAUCAUCAUAGUUUUUUCUUAUGGAAGCAUGUUUUAUAGCAUUCAUCAAAGUGCCAUAACAGCAACUGAAAUACGGAAUCAAGUUAAAAAAGAGAUGAUCCUUGCCAAACGGUUUUUCUUUAUUGUAUUUACUGAUGCAUUAUGCUGGAUACCCAUUUUUGUGCUGAAAUUUCUUUCAUUGCUUCAGGUAGAAAUACCAGGUACCAUAACCUCUUGGGUAGUGAUUUUUAUUCUGCCUAUCAACAGUGCUUUGAACCCAAUUCUGUAUACUCUGACCACAAGACCAUUCAAGGAAAUGAUUCAUCAGUUUUGGUAUAACUACAGAAAAAGAAGAUCUAUUGACAGCAAAGGAAGUCAGAAAACAUAUGCUCCGUCUUUCAUCUGGGUAGAAAUGUGGCCGCUGCAGGAGAUGCCACCUGAGUUAAUAAAGCCAGCUCUUUUCACAGACCCCUGUGAAUUGUCACUAAUUUCUCAAUCAACUAGACUCAAUUCCUAUUCAUAACGGACUUUGAAACCCAUUUCUACACAGAGAAUAUUAUGGGAUGCUUCGUGAUGGAUUUAUUAGUAUAAAAUGAAUGCCACAAAAUUAAUAAUUUAUAAUGGCUGAGAUAAAACCAUUAUAAAGACAUGAGGUUAUUUGGGAAAAAUCAAAGUAACUGAUGCCCAUAUAAAGGGAAAUAAAUUAUACUGAUAAUGUGUAUAUAUUAGUACAUAUUUUGCAUAGGAAAUUAAGAGAAAUCUACUUCAGAAAGACUCAUUCAUUCUUUUACUAGGCAUUUAUUGAGUACCCACUAUGUGUAUAGCACUGCAGUAAAUUUCUGGAAGUAUAGAACCUGGAAGUAUAGAAUAGUAUAGAACCUUUUCAAUUUGCAAUGUUAAAUUAUGUUUAGCUACAACAGAAUAGAUGCAGCUCUUAGAUGAAGGUAGAGCUUUAUCUGUCAUGCACAUAGCAAACAUAAUAAUCAUGGACACUUUUAAAUAAAGGUUUAAGGUUUUGUAAUACUCAAUGUAAUGAAAAAUGAGAAAUGAGAAAAUGUCUGUUUGCAAAAUAGUUUGUUUUAAAAAUUCAUCUUACCUCUCAAGUUGCUGUACAUUUGAGAGGUAGUACAAGAUAUCUAUUUCUAUGAAAAAAGAUAUUCUGAUAAACUCAAAAAAGCAUUUUACACUCAACUAAUUUUCAACAAAGAUGCCAAGACAAUCAAAUGAGGAAAGAACUGUCUGUUCAACAAAUGAUGCUGGGACAACUGGAUAUUCACAUGCAAAAGAAGGAAAUUGGACCCUUACCUUACACCAUAUAUAAAAAUUAACUCAAAAUUAAUCAACAACCUAAAAAUAAGACAAAACUCUUAGAAGAAAACAUAUGAGUAGAUCUUCAAGACCUUGGAUUUAGCAAUGGUUUCUUAGGUGUGUCAACAAAAGCAUAAGCAACAAAGGGGAAAAAAUUGAUAAAUUGGACUUCAUCUAAAUUAAAAACUUUUGUGUACCAAACAACACUAUCAAAAAAGCAAAAAAGACGGGGUGCCUAGCUGGCUCAGUCAGUGGAGUGCACCUCUCGAUCUCGGGGUUAUAAGUUCGAGCCCCACGUUGGGUGUAGAUUACUUAAAAAUGAAAUCUUUUUUUAAAAAGUAAAAAGACAACCUACAGAAUGGAAGAAAAUAUUUGCAAAUCAUAUAUCUGAGAAGGUUUUACUAUCCAGAAUAUAUAAAGAACUACAACUCAACCACAAGAUGAACAAGCCAAUUUAAAAGUGGACAAAGAACUUAAAAAGCCAUUUCUCCAAACAAGAUAAACAAAUGGCCAAUAAGCACUUGAAAAGUUGCUCAACAUCAGUAAUCGUUAGAAAAAUGAAAAUUAGAACCACAAUGACAUAACACUUUACACCUACUAAAAAGGCUGUAACUAAAACAACAAAAGACAAAGAAAAAAAGAGAAAACAAAUACUGACAAGGAUGUGGAGAUCGAAACCCUUCUGCAUUGCUGGUUGAAAUGUAAAAUGAUGCAGCUGUUAUCAUAGACAGUACUGUGAUAGUUCUUCAAAAGCUUAUCAUAGGAUUAACAUAUGAUCCAGCAAUUUCACUCCCAGGUGUAAACCCAAAAGAGUAGAAAACAGGAUUCAGACACUUGUAUACAAAUGCUCAUUGCAUUAUUCACAGUAGCCAAAAGAUGGAAACAACUCAAGUGCCCAUCAACUAAUAAACGGAAAAACAAAAUGUGGUAUAUACAUACAAUGGAAUAUCAUUCAGCCAUUUAUAAGAAAUAAUGAAGUUCUGACACAUGCUACAAUGUGAUGAGUAUCAAAUAACCCAGACACAAAAGGACAAAUACCAUGAUUCCACUUACAUGAAAUAUCUAGGAUAAGCAAAUUCAUAGAGAUAGAAAAUAGAUUAGAGGUCACUGGGGGUGAGAGGGUCAGAAGGAUGCUGCCUAAGAAGUACAGAGUAUUUUCCUGGACAAAAAAAGUUAUAAAAUUGAUUGUGGUGAUGGAUAAACAACUCUGUGAAAAUGCUAAAAGCCACUGAAUUGUAGAUGUUAGACGGGUGAAUUUUAUGGUUUGUGAAUUAGAUCUCAAUAAAGCAGUUAAAGGGAAAAAGAAGAGCUAGAAUGCAAUGAUUCAGGAACUUAAGGAAGGAAAGGUCUGCAUGCACAUGUUUUACUUCAAAGACAAAGUAGCUGUCAUCAAGAGAUGGAUUUACCUUCCUUUUGCAUGGCCAGUCAGUUCAUAAGAUACUAACUUUUUGGCUACUUAUUCUUCUGGUCUCUAACUGAGCUAUUGGAAUUUUUUUGGUUUAGUAAUUUGAAACCUUUAAAUAGGAACAAAAUGUCUUCAGGUAGUUUUAAAUACACUAAAAAUGUUUAACGCAUGAAAUUACUGGAAUCAGAAAUGUAUUUAUCGAAUAUAUAAUUGUAUAGAUUUCUUUGGAAAGUAAGUUACCUGAAACUUACAUCUAUUAAAAACACGGAUUACUUUGA